AUAUGUGUGAAUUAAUACGUGGAUUAUUAUCAUUUAGUGAGUGCCUAUUGGAUUAACACCGGUGUAAUAACCCCGCGGGCUAAGCAGAUCCGGCAGUGUAUAGAUUACAGGUGGCCCAAUAAUGUACCGCAUUGGUGAUUUGUUGGAGUACUAGGGUAUGAGCCUGAAAAGCUCUCCGAAAGGAUAAUGUGUAGCAAGUAUCUGUAGUGCUGAUGAGUGCGCUGUAAGACGGACUUCAGUAAAGAUGAGCUUUAUGAUAACGGCAUGCGUGCCAGCAACUACUCCGCGGAAUGCUCCGCGUUCACGAAAACCUCUCGUAGUUGAUCCAGAUGAUGGGGUCUACGAAGAAUGUGUACCAGGCUCGCAGCUUCAAAAGCAACCGCCUCCUUCAGAGCCUACCGAUGUGAACGAUUACGCUCAAACCGGAUGCCACCUUGGAUACAUUUUCAAGAGGACACUGCAGUCAUGUAUUGGACCAGCAUCCGAAAAUGACAAAAAGCUGAGCGGUGCAUAUACAAGCUACGAACGUCCGGAAGAAACUGAAUCUAUGAUUCUGGACAAUGCGCUCUUCGAGCCAAAAAAAGGAGGAUCCAAUUCAAUCGGGUCGAAUUCAAACUCGUCCAAGACAUCUGGUAUGACGUCUUUAUCAAGUGGACCUAGCUCCGGAGAAUCAGCUACCACUGGGCCUAUGGCGAAGUUUGCAAGAACAUCAAUGCAGAGGAACUCUCUUUCAAAAAAGAACUUGUCUUCGAGUCAGAAUCAACUACCGCCCUCUGGUAACCCAACGCUUGGCAACUAUGCCCUUAGACAAUCUUCGAGCCCUGAACUGGACGCUAUUGUUAAUUUGAUGAAUUCUGCACCUAGCUCACCAUCACAUAACUAUUUAUCGAUAAAUUCGGAUGACUAUGAGACCUCUGCUCCUCCGCAGCUUAAUUUAAAGCCAAGUUCUGCGGUUCAAAAACGUCAAAUGAUGCCCACUAAACCACCAGAAAGGAAUAUUUUGCUACCUCCAAGUGGCAAACUUUGGGGAAGGCCCAUUACUAUGGAUUGGAAGUCGUCGCUGCGAGAUCCGUUUCGCAAUAAGAAGAAAUUCGCAGGUCCUGCUCUGGAGAAGGUCUACGAGCUUCCAGAGAAAGAAGCUCUCUACGACAUUUCGCAGGAUCUCGUGCUCAGUGAUUUGGCUAGGGCAGCAAGGGAGAUUAGAGAAGUAAAAGAGUUGCGAAAAGACAAUAAAAUAAUAAGCGCUGACGAUACCUAUCCAUUAUCUGCGAACAAUCCUGUCGGUGUGAAAAAGACAAUAAACCAUUCAAUGGAUGUUAUGAGAAGACUAAAUAGUUUUUCGGUAACAGCGCGUGUUUCGCCAGAUGCGCAAAUCAAGUGCUCUUCUUUAAGUACCAUGAUCGAUCAGAGCUAUCUCGACAACGUAAUGUCCAGCCUGACACUGUCAGAUAGUUCUGGUUCGCAAAAGCCACUGCUUUCGCUUGGCUCGAACAAUGAACCGCUAUUGCAUCAACCGCAACAGCGAGCAGGCGAAAUCGACAUCCGCGAUGAUGGAAUCAUAUAUUCGAUCGAAAAGGUCCGCCAGAAGGGCAAGCGGCCGGUAGAGAUGAACCCUGUACCGUUGUGCGUACCUGGAAUGCAGGGCUUCGUACCCCCGUAUUGCCGUGUUAGCGCUGUGCGUGCAAGACGCGCUCUGAUUAAGCGACAUGGCUCCAGGACGUCGCGUGGCUCGAAAACGUACUCCGAUACCACCUGGGCAAGUUCCGAGGCCCGGAGAAAACGUCGACUCAAACCGGCCAGUUGUAAGGCUCAAGAUCAUUACUGCCGCGAUAUCAAAGUUACCCCGUGUGUGUCAACUCUACGAAAGAAAAAGUCUGACUUUGAAAAAGCGCGUAAACGCGCUAAUGUCGGAGCUAACAAAGGUCAACGCAAAAAAGCCUACGUUUUCAACUGGCUGUUAGUAAACCAAGGCGUGGUCGGAAACGCCACUGAGAAAGAACGCGCCCGCCGACUGGCUAAGGAAAGGAGCACCCUGUUAUGGCUUCUCGCGAAGGCGCAUAAGGGAAGGAUUCCUAUCGACCUACGCAGUCCGCAUUACAAAGAGUCAGAGAGUCAGUAUCGAUUGAAGCCUGACAUCGUCGACCUGCUCUCCUCCUGUAAGAUGUACUGUAUGGUGCUCCGAAAUCUCUAUGAGGAUUCCGCAUACUCCGAGCUAACCUUUGAUCAGAUAUUCACAAUGCUCGAGCGUAAAGGUAUAGAAAUAAAACCGCUCAAAGGUGGUACCAAGGUCACCCCGGCUACGCUCGAAGAGUGCAGUCCACUGAACAUGUCAGCGCAUUUGAACUUUUCGGACGGACUUAUGGAGCUAUUUAUUCGCGAAGUACUCAUUCCCAGUAAAGUAUUCCACGUGGUAGAACGAUUUACUCCUUCGGCAAACAAUGGCUUAACUGGUCCAGCUUCGGUUUCCUCGUUGACAAAACCAGGUCCACCGGCCGAUGCUGAAGACGCUGCUAUUCUCUGGAUUAACCGAAGUGCACAGGCACUUCGUGAAAAGGUGCACGCGGAACAUAAGGUUAUGCUGCCAAAGGUCGUACAUGUUCAGGAUUUGUCUGACCUCUCCGACGGUAGUGCGCUGGCCUCACUCAUCUCGUUGUACUGUCCCCAUCAGUUGCCGUUUCAGGACAUCACAUUUUCACCCUCGAUGUCGCUCAGCGACUCUUUGUCUAACCAGCAUCGGGUCAAGGACUUCUGCGAGCGACACUUGCCACAGGAUGUUCACUUGGUCUGCCUCGAAGAUAUGUUGUUUUUGCAUGCUGGUAUGCGAACAAACGUGUUGGCCUUCUUAGCAGAUCUGAUGUAUCUAUUCGAGAUUCGGCCUUUCAAAGCUGUUCAAGUACCGGGUGUCGCGCAGUACAUUAUUGUCAAGCGGGAAUCCCGGAAUACAGUCACCGAACUUUGAACUGACACAACCAUACGGUUUUAGGCUUUUUAAGUAACUCAGAUAUAUAAAUAAUCUACUCGUUUGACUGGAACGAGCAAAUUAAACAAGUUCCCAUUUCAUAAAUUACAAAGCAUCAAAUAGGGUAAACUGCCAGGGUAAUGUUCUGCUUGUAGACAAUCAUCCUAUUUUGUUUCAGUCAGACUGAACGACAAAUGCAUUUAGUUAAUUCACGUUGGCACCGGAGGGUACUCUCGGGGAGGGAUAAAUGUAAAGCGUAGCAUUGUAUGGAACGUUACCCAAUAAGUUUUAUUAAGGGUUUUAAGGAUUCAAUAUUUUUAUGGGCCAUCAAUCAUUCAAUGUCAUAAGGUACCAACAGUACUUUUGGGUUCAUCAGUCAUGGACAUUCAUUUUAUAUGAUUAGCUUAGAAUAGAGUGGCUGGAUGGGCGAUUCACCCCCCGUUUAUUCAUCUGGUUUGUACCCAAAAGCACCGCGUCCUAGACCCGAUCUAGAUCGUUGGUAGCGAUCCAAUUGCCAUAUAGCCACGUUGAAUUGUUACUAUGAUAUUAAGU